AGCGGCGGCGUCCGCAGGCAGAGGCUUGAGGAGCGAUGGCGGGAGCGGGAGUGAGCGUUCCAGAAAUUAUCUUCACAACUCAAUUGCAAACCAACCUGCUGUCAUUUGAUGGUGUCGUCUUAGUUACAAAUACCAUUGACAAGCUUACUGAAGAUUUGCAAAGUUUGAAGGGUCUACUUAACCAGUACAAAUCUAUCGAUGCGUCAGUGGAACAGGAUGUGGUGUUGGUGCCUGCUCCUGAUCUCCCAGGAGCUCGACUGAUCUUUUCACCAACUGGACCUCUCAAUAGAGAUUAUGAUGACGUGCGGAGAUUCAGUGAUGCGGCUGCCAGUGGCAUCAAACGUGCUUUGAAGGCCGGUAUGAAAAGGCCCCUGUUGGUGUGUCCCCCAGAAGGAUUGUUCAAAGAUGCUUCCUUGGUGUCUGUGCUUGGAGCUCUGCAGGCUUUAUAUGUCCCAUUGGAAAUCCGUGAAGCACACAAAGAAAAGGCCACCAGAGUAGGCUGUCUCGGUGUGUGGGCCUCCAGUGAGGAGGAAGGGAAGAAACUUGAACAAUUGGCCUCAGCACUGGAACAAGGCAGAACCGUAUGCAGAGAUAUUGGUGGAUCUGAUCCAGAGCGAAUGGCUGCACCAAAUGUGGCUGUCUAUGUUCAGAAUAUUUUUCGUAAUUCUGUUGUCUCUGUAUCAGUAACUAGCGAUGUAGCAACUCUACAGGAGCAAUACCCAUGCUUGGCAGCAGUCAAUCGCUGUGCCAAAGAUGUUCCACGUCAUCAAGCACGGGUUAUUGAGCUGGUAUAUACUGGAGAAGGUGCCACAGAAAAAACACUCCUGCUUGUUGGCAAGGGAGUAACGUAUGAUACUGGUGGUGCCGACAUCAAAGCUGGUGGUAUUAUGGCAGGAAUGCACAGAGACAAAUGUGGAGCUGCUGCUGUUGCUGGGAUCUUCCAGGUACUUUCUGUCCUGAAACCCAGAGGAAUCAAAGUAAUCGGUGCAAUGUCAAUGGUCAGGAACAGCGUUGGUUCAGACUGCUAUGUGGCCGAUGAGAUUAUCACAUCUCGUGCAAAGAGAAGAAUUCGAGUUGGAAAUACUGAUGCUGAGGGGCGCAUGGCAAUGGUGGAUCUGUUGUGCAGCAUGAAGGAAAAGGCUCUUGAAAAAUAUGAACCUAAUCACUUUGAAUUGUUCACAAUUGCCACACUUACUGGCCAUGCUGUUCGAGCUGUUGGUUGCAAUUAUUCUAUAAUAAUGGAUAAUGGUCCUGCACGCUGGGCCAGGACUGCUCAUGGGCUUCAAGGGGCUGGUGAUGAAAUAAGUGAUCCUUUUGAAAUCUCUACCAUUCGCCGCGAUGAUUAUGAUUUCCACAAAGGAAAGUCAGAAUAUGAGGAUAUUUUACAGUGUAACAACUUGCCAUCCAGCGCCACACCCCGUGGACACCAAUCACCUGCAGCUUUCCUCAUCAUGGGUUCUGGCCUAGAUAAGCAUGGAAUAGAUUCUGAAAAACCCCUUUGCUACUCCCACAUUGACAUAGCUGGAUCUUCUGGCCCAUUCCCUGGGAUACCAACCGGAUCACCGGUGCUUGCUCUGGCAGCAAAGUACAUCCUACAUCGUGUUUGAGCAAAUAGAUGUCUGCAAUAGUCUGGUCCAUUGAGAUGAUUUUUUCUAAUCAGCAUUCAGAGACCACCUAGAAAAGUCUAAUCGCAGGAACUUCAGGGAAGUGGUCAGCUUAUCGACUUGAUUCUGAAGGAAACUUGAAGUUAAUGAUAAUAAUGUCGUAGUCAUACAGUGGAGCUUUACUAGGAUAGUCUACCUGCAGGUUAAUCAACACUCCAAACUUUUCUCAGGUAGAUAAUCAGUUAGUUCACUGUUUCUCUAUGUAAUUUUUGUGUUGUGCAAUCUAAAUAUUUCCAUAAAAAUGGGUAGAUUUUGAGGGCCAAUCCAUCACAUGCAGGAAAUGAUUGGAAUCACAGCAGUCAAAAAGCAAAGUGUUAAAGGUGCCUGUGCAUUUGGUAGGAUUUUUGUUCAAAGAUCUGCUACUAUUAAGUGUAGUUUCAAUAAUUGUGCACACUUGGCAUUGAAGUUUUGAUCCAAAUCAGAUUGCACUUUUGAAAGUAGUAUUUUUGUGUUAAUUGGUCACUAUUGCACUAUCAUGGGAUUGAAAACCGAGUAUACCACUUAGAGGAAGGAUGGUCUGCCUUUCACGAGGUCCUGUAAUUGUGUAUACAUUUUUCUAUAGUGUGGCACCCAAUUAGAAUAUUAUUUCUGUCCAUCAUUAACUACAUUCAGCAAAAAGAUACAAUGAGACUAAUCUAUGCAGCAAUGGCUGCGAGAUACUUUCUUUGCAAUAUAAAGUUCUGGGUUUCCUGUUGUGACCAAAGCUUGUCUUUACUGGACAAUUUUUAGACAUUAACCCACCAAGGGAAAUCAGCAAAUGUGAAGCAGUUCUAUUUUCUACUAUUCUUUCAAAAAAAGACUGAACUUCAAUCAAAGUGGAGACGGAUCUUGCAUUAGAUUUGACAGACAAAUACUUAAAAUGGUGCUUUCACUACUUAGUUAAAUCAGAGAGGCAUCUGAAUGUAUGAAAAGUGUCAUGAUCAUGAUUUAGUGAACAGUAAUCCUAUUGUUAUCGAACAAGAUUUUUUUUAGAAAGGUCUCUGGUGAUAAUGGCAAGGUAUUUAACGGAGUGAAGUAUUUUCUCAUUCUGAUACCUUAAGAGGACAUGUAAGGUUCUUUGUAACUUUAUUCCAAGAGUGAAUGACUGCAAUUGCAAUUCCAUGGCAUGUGACCGCACUCCCCAUUGUGAUUUAUGGUUUUUGUUGUGGAUUAAAAAUGAUGCAAUGUGUUUCCUGUGCUUUGGAUUGUGCCCACUUAAUAAAUUGUGAUUUUGGCCUUCUUUCUGUAAUCAACAAUAAAAUACUGGAAUCACUAACUGAC